AUGCAGCUCUGCACCUGCUCUCGAUGUGUUACCCACACAGUGUUCGACCAGCACGGACAACUGACUUCUGGGAAAUAUCUAGCUGCCCGAAGUAUAGCCAUUCAUUGCUCGGAAGACUUCAGAAGAUCUCGUCAAAAUGAAACUUUUGAUAACAGCGCCGAUGACCUGUCCGAUAGCCCACCCUUGGAACUACCGGAAUCUAGUGAAUACUCCGAAGACAGUGGCGCAUUUUCAGGACUCGAUGAAAACAAAGAUAACACACAUCUCUUCUUCAUCAUAUUUUUUAUGCCGCGUGACCCUCGGACUUUAAUCUCGAGGGCUGAUCUGGACCCAGAGCUCGUGGAUAGUAUAUGCUGUCAAACGUGUUUUCGCCUCUAUCCCCAAGAUGUCAAUGCACCAAUGGUUUGUGAAUAUAAACCUUUCACCUCAUCUCGCCCCUGCGACGAAGAGCUCUUCACGCAAAAAACGACCCACCUCGAUUUUAGGCUGUUGGCAAAACCUGACACGGAAGAAGCAAUUGACGCUUGGGCACGGGAACUCUCAAGAUCCGAUGAAGUCCUUAUGGACGUACAACAUGGCUCAAACUAUCAAAACAUGGACUGGGGUGACUCGACUCCUCCUCCUGAAAGCGCAGGCUCCGACUCAGAUGACAUGGAAACUUCUCUUGACAGACGAGCACCACUCAACUUGAUUCUGUCUCUAUUUGUGGAUUGGUUUAACCCUCGAGGAAACAAAACUAGUGGCAAAGUUGAAUCAACUGGCGUAUUUGCCCUCACUUGUUUGAAUCUUCCGCCCUUCCUCCAAAACAAGAUCUCGCAUAUCUGCCUAGCCGGUAUCACUCCCGGGCCGUAUUCGCCAGACACAAGCACCAUCAACCACCUCCUCAAGCCUAUUGUAGAUGAGCUGGGGACUUUAGAGCCUGGCGUCAUGAUCAAAACUCAUCAGUAUCCAAAUGGUCGCUUCGUCCGAGUUUGA